AUGAGCUACGCGCCAAUGACAACCACCGCAUCAGGCGAGCAGGGUAUGCAACAUGAAGAUAUAGAUAAAAAUAUAAUUAAAGAUUCUGAAAAGACUCUCGACUCUGCACUCGGAGUGUUGGAUGAACACCAAAUAGCACAGUCUACAACUAUAUCUGCAUCUACUGCAACAGCUAAAAAAAAUCUUAAACCUGCCAAACCAGCUAAUACGAACCCUGUGGUAGCCUCGACCAAAAAACCUCCUACAUCUGCUAAAAAAAGUACGUCUGCAGCUGGGAAUGGAAAACUGAAUGCACUUGUGAAUGCAACUCGCAAAACAAAAAAAGGUUUGGUUCAACAAGUGACUCAAGGAGUAGCUGGCACAAACGUGCAAGCAAAAAUGAUUUCAGGUACGAUUACUGAAAUGGGCGGGGAAGACGAUGCCAGUCUUGGUGACCAACCCAUGCGAGAUGAAAAGGGAAAUAUCAUCAAACAGAGGGACGAUCAGACUGGAUUACUUCAAGAAGAAGACAGCGAGAUGGGUGAUUCUGACCUUGAUAUCGAUGAAAUUAUCCAUCGUAAAGAAGUUCAUGAUUCAUAUACUUAUUCAUGUAAAAUGUUGGGCAUUGUUCCCGUGUCGUGUAUUGUCAAGCGAGCAGGCCAGCAAGAAAUAUCAAUGCCGCAUCACGGACUUGGAGCUCGUGGUGCUCAAGCAUUAGCACAAGUGCUGCAGACUGAUACGACACUGAUUCGACUAGAUCUCACCAAUAACUUUAUUGAAGGCGGUGGUGCAUACAUUGGGGAAAGCUUGAAAUUAAAUCGCACAUUGACUUUUUUGAAUCUUGGCGAUAAUCAAAUGGGUUCAGCAAGCGGCAAAGCUAUUGCAGGAAUGAUGGCUGAAAAUACUACAUUGAAAACAGUGAUUUUACGAGGAAAUAAAUUUGGUGAUAAAGAAGCUACACUGUUGGCAGAAGGGUUAAAACGAAACUCUACAUUAGAAGUGCUUGAUAUCAGUCACAAUCAAAUUGGUGAUUUGGGUGGAAUCGCUUUUGGAUCUGCAUUGGCAGUGAACGAAACCCUUCGUGAUUUAAAUGUAAGCUGGAAUGAGCUACGCAGCAGAGGAACUACAGCAAUGUUUAGUGGUGCAAAGGAAAGCAAUUCAUUGGUCGGGUUAAACAUUCAGUACAACGGAAUUGGAGAAAAUGGAACAGCUGUAAGUCUGUUUUUGGCACGCAAUACAAGUGUUACGCAUUUGGAUAUUGGGUAA